AUGAAGAAAAUUUUUAAUCAAUUAAAAAAUGUGGACUUUUUCAGCGUAACAUACACCCCUGCUAUAUCAGAUGGAUUUCAUUAUAAUCAUUCAAGUGUUAUUGGUGGUAUUAUCUCUUUGAUAAUUGGUGCUCUAAGUUUAAUCUAUUGCAUAUACUAUCUGUAUUUGUGGUGGAGUUAUUAGCUAUUACCAAAAGUUACACAAGAUUUAAGCAACUUUUCGUAGGACCUUAAUUUAGGAUUAAUCGAUAAUAGAAUUUAGAUUUUUGCUAAUGACAAAUAUGGAAGUUCUCCAAUUAAUCCAUUUAAAAAGGAUGAGAUUAUUUUCAUACCAUUAAUAUUCGAUCUUAGUAUUGGUGAUUAUUAACCAUUGUUUAAUAAUAUUACAGAUGACUAAUAACUUGAUAUAAAACUUAAAAUAACUCAAGAUUCUGAAUUUAAAAUCCUCUUUAUCUUUUGUGAUGAACAAUAUUUGAAUGGUGAUUUAAAAUGUGCCUCUGAAGAAAUCAAAUAGAAUUACUUUGAUUAAAUAGGCAAUGAAUUGUAUUCUAUUUUAGAGUUCACUACUUUAAAUCCAUCUACAUUUGAAUCUUAAUAAUUUAUACGAAUUUAUUCAAUAUAAAUUCUUCCUGAAGCAGAUUUGUGUUCUACGAUUACAUUAUAUUAUGAAUUAAAUAAUUACUAAAUAGAUAAGGCAUUUUUAUUUUCCACUGAUACAGAAGAUAAAACUUAUAUCUCAAACGCUCAAAAUUUUCCUUAAUAUUCCUCUAAAUCAUUUUGUGAGAAAUACUAUUUACCAAACACUUUUGGAAUUUUUUGGAUAGUUUUUGAAUAGUAAUAUCGUAUUAUUUAAAUUUAAUAUCCACCAAUCAGUGAAGUUUUUGCAUCAAUUGGAUCAAUUAUCAGCAUUCUAUUUUCUGUUAAAUAUUUAAUUUUGAUGCUUAAUUUAUCAUAAAUGAGAUAAUCUGUAUUAGAUGAUAUUAUGAGAUAAUAUUAUCCUGAAAUUAGAAGAUUUGAUAUUGUUAAAAACUGUUGGGGAAAAAUUAAAUCAGUUAAAUUUGAUGGUUUAUAAGUAGAAUUAUCUAGUUUUUUAUCCUUUUAAAAAUAAAUUCAUUCUUAGAUGGCUUGUAAAUUAAAUUAUAAAAAUCUAUUGUAUGAAAUAUCAAGAUUUUAAUUUAUCUUAAUGUCUAUGAAAAGACGGAAAGAAAUAGAAAAAGUUCAUAGAAUCGGAAUUAAAGUUCCUAUGAAAUUAUCAGAUACAGGAGAAUCAUAUAUUAUUUCUGAAGGUAUUCAAAACCAAAUGAAAACUAUUAAUUUUAGAAACAUGAAUAUUAUUUCAACCAAAUAUGAUAUCUUAUCUAUUAAUGAUGCUUUGAUAUUAAGUUAGAAUUAUCAUUAGUUGACAAAAUAGACAUAAAAUUAUUUAGGGUUGAAUAGUGAUAAUGAUGAUAACUGUGAUGAUAUUGAGGAGAAUGGAAGGGAAAAAGAUUUCUAUGAUGUAAAUUAUAUUCAAUCAUUUGAGACAAACAAAUCAAAAAAAUGA